AUGAAAUGGGAAAUUCAAACACAAAACCUUGGCACUUCAAAUAGAAGAAAAUCAUUCAUAAACAACAGACCUCCAGUUGCCACAUUCCCCAAAACCACUGAUGAUUUUGAAAAGCCAACCACUGUUACUACCAAACCUAAACCUUCACCUCAAAAACCAUCACCACAAAAACCACCUCAAAAGAAGCAGAAAACAACUUCAUCAUCACCACCACCUUCUUCCAUAGCAACAGAUGUUGAUGCAGCAAAAGCAUCAUCAGAUGUUAAGACAAUAGCUGUUGAGACACCAGUGGUUUCAACAGUUGUUAGUCAAUCCACUGCUACCAUUCAAUUUGAUCCUCCACGAUCAACAAAACCACCAACACCUCCUAGAUUCCCUUCACAAUCAACCUUUUCACCCAAACCACCAUUUCCUUUUAAAACUCCUCCUGCUCCUAAACUUGCAUAUGCCAGGAAAAGGAAAUUUGUUGUGUUGGAAGAAGAAAAAGAAAUUCCUUCACCAAUUCCUACUUCAUCUGCACCAUACAUUUCACCCUCAUCAUCUCCUCCACAAACCAAUCCAAUCCAAUCAAACAACCACCCAAUACUCACAUCCUAA